AUGGCGAAACACCACCCAGACUUAAUCAUGUGCCGAAAAAUGCCCGGCAUUGCCAUCGGUCGGCUCUGCGAAAAGUGCGACGGAAAAUGCGUGAUUUGCGAUUCCUACGUCCGCCCUUCGACGCUCGUGAGAGUGUGCGACGAGUGCAAUUACGGCUCCAAUCAAGGAAGGUGCGUCAUAUGCAGCGCAGUUGGGGUCUCGGACGCGUAUUACUGCCAAGGGUGCGUGAUACAGGAGAAGGACAGGGACGGGUGUCCAAAGAUUAUAAACUUAGGGAGCGCCAAGACGGACUUGUUUUACCACAAGAAAGCCGCCGGGGAGAUAACGGGGGGAGGGGGGAGGACGUAUUAA